CCACGCGCCGCGUUCAUCUCCUUCCAUCUGACGGCCGCGAAUCCGUAUCGCCGUGCUCCUUCGCAACCACAAAGCCCACGCCGCCCCCACCUCGCCAGUCGCCACCUCAAGCUCCUGCUGCGUCUCCCCGUGCCGCCGCGAGCGCUCCCAAUCAGGCAACCAGGCAACAAAAACCAGCACCGCCGCAGCACGGGCGCCGCCCGGUCCCGGCGCCGCCCCCUACCUCAUCGCGCCCCGCUCCAUGGCCGCAAAGUGGGCCCAGAAGACCGUCGUUAUCCCCGCGCAUCGGCGGGGCUGCCACCUCAUCACCCCCAAGAUUCUGAGGGAGAUCGAGGGCGACCUGGCCGGGUUCAAGUGCGGUCUCGCGCAUUUCUUCCUGCAGCACACAAGCGCAUCGCUGACCAUCAACGAGAACUAUGACUCAGAUGUGCAGGCUGACACUGAAACUUUUCUUAACAGAAUUGUUCCAGAGGGCCACAAUGCUCCUUGGAGACACACUAUGGAAGGUCUUCCCCCUCUAGUCAUAGCUCGAGGAGGAUUCUCUGGCUUGUUUCCUGACUCGAGCCAGUUUGCCUACCAGUUUGCCUUGACUGCCUGCUUGCCUGAUGUCGUUCUGUUAUGUGAUCUACAAUUGUCAAGCGACCGUAUAGGCUUCUGCAAAACAGGGUUGACCCUUGAUAACUCGACGACUGUCUCUGAGAUCUUCCCCAAGAUGGAAAGGACAUACAAGCUGCACGGAGAAGAUGUCCGUGGCUGGUUCUCUCUAGAUUUCACCGCAGAACAGCUGGCGCAGAACGUCUCAUUGAUACAGAACAUCUUUUCGCGCCCAAGCACAUUUGAUGGCUCCUUGCGGAUGUACCCGCUUGAUGAAGUUGUUGAACUCCACCCCCCUCAAAUAUGGCUUAAUGUACAGUACAAUUCAUUCUUUUUGGAGCACAAAUUAAGUAGUGAAGAUUAUAUAUUAGAACUACCAAAAGAUACCCUCUCUUACAUCUCCUCGCCGGAGAUUGAAUUCUUGAAAAGCUUGGGUGGGAAGCUCAAGAAAGCCAAGACAAAGCUCAUCUUCCGGUUACUCAAUGAAGACAUUGAGGAGCCUUCAACCAAGAAAACAUAUGGGGAACUUCUGAAAGAUCUAAAAUCCAUCAAGGAAUUCGCAGUUGGGAUUCUUGUGCCCAAGACAUACAUCUGGCCAGUAGAAAAGGAUCAGUACUUGGCGCCAUCGCCCACCAGUUUGGUCAAAGAUGCUCAUGCCAUCGGGCUGGAAGUGUAUGCAUCCGGAUUUGCCAAUGAUAUCGUCUUGAGUUACAACUACAGCUAUGAUCCCUCUGCAGAGUACUUGCAGUUCAUAGACAAUCCAGACUUCUCUGUUGACGGUGUGCUUACGGACUUCCCGGUCACCGCAUCAGGGGCUGUUGCUUGCAUGGCUCAUUCCAAGGGCAAUCCUCUACCACCUCCUGGAAAAAGCAGGCCGCUGAUCAUCACCCACAACGGCGCGAGCGGCAUGUUCGCCGGCAGCACAGAUCUUGCCUACCAGGAGGCGAUCAAAGAUGCCGCUGACAUCAUCGAUUGCACGGUUCAGAUGUCAAAAGACGGAACGGCCUUCUGCAUGCACUCCGCUGAUAUCUCCAGCUCCACGACCGCGGCCACCGCUUUUGCGUCCAAAGCCUCUACUGUCCAUGAGAUCCAGAACAAGUCUGGCAUUUUCUCGUUCGAUCUGUCAUGGAGUGAGAUUGCAACCUUGAGGCCCGCCCUCGUCUCUCCGUUUGCUCAGGCAGGCAUGCAAAGAAAUCCUCUAGCAAAGAAUGCCGGCAAGUUGAUGACUUUGCCCCAUUUCUUAGACUUGGCCAAGGCCAGCAACAUCACCGGUAUACUGAUCGAAAUAGAGCAUGCUGCAUACCUCGCCAAGAGAGGGAUCGGCAUUGUGGAGGCGGUGUCUAGCGCGCUGACCAAGGCGGGCUACGACAAGGAGACCAAGCAGCAGGUGUUCGUCCAGUCCGACGACUCGUCGGUGCUGGAGGCGUUCAAGAAGUUCAAGACAUUCAGGAGGGUGCUCAACAUCGAGGCCAAGAUCAGCGGCGCCUCCAAGCCGUCGCUGGAUGACAUCAAGAAGUUCGCGGACACGGUGAGGAUCAACCGGAACUCGGUUGCGCAGAUCACCGGCUACUUCAUGACGCACUUCACCGACACGGUCGGCAGCCUACAGGCCGCCAACCUCACCGUGUUUGUUGGCGUGCUCAAGAACGAGUUCAUGAACCUCGGCUUCGACUUCUUCGCUGACCCGACGAUCGAGGUCGCUACCUACGCUUAUUCGGUGGUGGCCGAUGGGAUCGUCACGGACUACCCUGCCACUGCAGCUUCCUACUUCAGGAGUCCAUGCAGUGACAUGAAGCUGAACCUGAGCUACUCGAUCCUGCCUGCACAACCUGGCGCUCUGGUCAACCUGGCAGCCCCCGGGAUGUUGGCUCCGGCGGGAGCGCCGGCACCGUUGCUCCAACCCACUGACGUAGUGGACCCGCCGCUGCCUCCGGUUAAAGCUAUGUCUGGAGCAGGGCCUUCUUCCGAUAGUGAAGAUCUGAAUGAGGUUAUUGAUGCAGUGGAAGUAGAAUCUGCUACCCCAGGUGCUUCACUCCUUGCAAAAAUGGCAGUUGCUAUCGGUAUUGCAGCCACGGCCACUGUGAUUUCACUGGUCAUGAAAGAGCCUUCCUCAGGCCCUUCUUUCAGUCUGCCACAGAUAGUUGAUGCUUCCACGCAGUCUGACACAGCAGCAGCGACGAUCGGAUACACGUUUUCUCUAUUUGGGAAGAAAGUCAUAAUUCCAGAAUACACACCAGGGUGGGUCUACUUUUGGUUGCUCAUGGCUGCUGGAUUUGGACUGUUUAUCAGUGAAGAAGCUUUAAAUGUUUGGGCUGGAAUUUCUUUAGCACGAACACUUUGUUUGGAUGGAACUUGGCAAUCUCUUGUUACGUCAUUCUCGGCGAAUGCAUCUUAUAUAGUCUCCACAGUGCUAUGGAUUUACUGGGGUGUUUGUAUUAGUGACAUGAUCCCAUUCUAUCUAGGGAAACUCUUCAGGCAAACUAGAGCAUCAGAAGACAUAAGCAGCAAGAUUGGAAUUGGUAAGGAGAAAGCACUAAGCAUAUCACAAGCAGUUCAGAAGUAUGGAAACCUAAUUGGCUUUGUUGAACGAUUUUCAAUUGGUGUUCGGAAUCCUACAGCAUUUCUUGCUGGAGCAUUGGGUAUAUCAGCAGACUUUUUCUUCGCAGGAGUUUGUUUCGGUUGUCUAUUUACUCUCCCUAUUCAGUUAGCAGUUGGGUUCCUCCUCCGAGAGCGGCCUGUCGUCGCCCUUGCCAGUGUCGCAGCAGCUGUGGGUAUCUGGACCAUGUUCCCGUAUGCAGCCGCCGCAUGCACGGCGUUGUUCUUCUACUUCGGCCGACAACAAUCCAACAACUGAACCUGAGUUGUAUUUUUUUAUAAAAAAAACUGAGUCUGAACAUAGUUUAUUUACAAACAAUUUACAUAGGCCUGUACAUGUAUGAAUCAUUUUUUCGAUCAAUUGUGUUGAUCCAUGAAAACAUUCUUCUCUCCUCUCUUUCGGAAGGAGUGGUUUUGCUAGCUCAAGAUGUACAAGAAUUCCAUGCUAGUUAGCAAAUGUAAAUUCAGAAUGUCAUA